UAGAGUAAAAUUAAUAAAAAUAUUAAAAAUAAAAAGUAAACGAAAUAUUUACUAUAAAAAAUGAGAGAAUCUGAAAGAUCAUCUAGUUAUCAACGUUCCCGACAUAAGACCAGAUCAAAAUCCCGUGAUAGGGAACGCAGCAGGGAUAAAGAACGCUAUCGCGAUAGAGACCGUGAAAGGGAUAGGGAUCGUGAACGUGAACGCGUCAGUCGGGACAAAGAGCGCGAUAGAGAUCGUGACUAUGAUCGGGACAGGGAUAGAGAUUAUGACCGGGAUUAUUAUUCCUCACGUCACUACAAAUCGAAAUCUAAAAAGACCAAACACUCCAAGAAAUCUAAACAUCGUCGCCGUAGCCGUAGUUCUAGCACAUCGUCCACUUCAUCAUCCAGCUCCCGCGAAAGCCGCAGCAGUCGUAGCAGCCGCACUUCAAAAUAUUCUAGUUCUCGUAACAGCAAGACAAGGGCGCCUAGUUCUGAAAGCAAUUCAAGGAGUGCCCUGACUUCAGCAACCACCCCCAAUACAUCUGCAGUUACCAAAGCUAUUGACUUAAUGGAUUUUAAAGUACAAAAAGCUUUGGAUACCAUAGAAGAGGACACAUUUGUGCCAAGAUCUUUCUUUAGCACCAGAGAUAGAGAGGCUCCCGAGAAAAGCAGCUUACCCUCGGACAAAGUCUUUAUAGAUCUACAGGCGGAGACUGUUACAUUUACCAUGUCUUUGGAUAAAUUAAAGGAUGUCAACACAAAGGAGGCAAUUUUUCAUCCCAAUUUUUUGGGUGAUGCCGAUCAAAAACAGGAUAAAUGGGUGCGAAAACUGUUUCUUUAUCGUCAAAAAUUUAUGACAGAAUAAAUAAUCAAAUUCUCAAAUAACUACUAAUAACACAUUUAAUAAAACUUUCCCAAACUUGCAAGUCCUCGGAAGAAAAUAAA